AUGGGGUCGUGUCCCAUCGUGGUUGAUACCGGCGAGCCAAAGAGAACGAUAUCAAUGGAAAUGGGAGCUGAAGCAUUUGUUGAUUUCCAGGAAUCGAAUGCAAUUGAGGCUGUUCUUAAGAUUGCCGAUGGGGUGGAGCACAUGGCGUGUUUGUUACUGCUCCGGUUGCAUAUAAGGGCCUGCGCCAAUUAUACCGGCGACGGAAUUGGAGCCGUCUACAUAUUUGAAAACCUGACUGUCAAGGGAACUCUUGUUGGUAGCCGAAGUGAUACAGCGGUCGCAUUGGAUUUCGCACGACGAGGCCUGCUCCGCCGGAUCAGUGAGGUCUAUCCAAUCAACCGAUUACCGGAGGCUGUGCAGAAAUAA